UCUCUCUCUCUCUCUCUCUCUCAGAAGAGAACUCCGAUGUGAAGGACGAAUCGGAGAAAUUGCGUCAUCAUUACCUAUUUUGAUUUGAAUUAUUUUUUCAAAUUCAGGAUAAAACAAGAAUUUGAAGGAAUUUCGAAUUAUUGAUUUUUAUCGUAGCAGUUGAUUGUGUGGCGUUAGUAACGGUCAAUCGCCGGCGCUGUCAGAUGGCCAUUACGCCGCCGUCACCAUCUCCCAAUAGGAUUUUGAUUUUCCGCCAUAGCCGCACUGCAAGGGGCUCCACUUGAAACCAUUGCUUUCUCCAUUUUGAUUUUUGGUUCUUUUAUUUGAUUGUUGAAAAGGGAUUUGAAGAAAUAAAUUUAAAAAAAAAAGGGAGAUGGUGAUGAAGGGAGGUUGGUGGCGGGAGAAAGGGCUGAGGGGCGUGCGGACGGUGUAUUUCGUGGUGGUGAUGGCGGCGUCGCUUCUGGUGAUGGCGCUGCCGCUUGUGGUGGCUGUAAGCGACGCCGUUUUGCCUUGCUUGCUGAUUUCGAGCUUCACGUGCGUGAAAUGCUAUGGCUUUCGGGAGCAUUUACGGAGAUAUUCUUUUAGAAGCUCGCUUAUUGACAUUCCUAUUGUUUCGAUAAUCAGAUCUUUCGUCAUCACCUGUACAUAUUUAGUUAGUGAUGGACAAUCAAUUUCGCAUGGACCCUAUCUAGGAACUGUGAUGUUCUCUUCCUUAGCUUCAAUACUGCUACUUUCCUUCAAGGCUUGUGUUUUCACCGUAAAUUCUCAACUCGAGGAGGUAGCUUCAGUUUCUCUUUCAAGGAAGAGGCUCCAUUUGAAGAAGUCUUGGGGUAUGCCUGUCUUGUUCCUCUCCUCUGUAGUAUUUGCUCUUGGCCACAUUGUCGUGGCCUAUCGCACAAGUUACAAAGCUAGACGGAAAAUUAUCCUUCAACGAUUUGACCCGGAAGCCGCCCUUUCUUGCAAAAUGGUACUUGCCAGUUACCAGAAGGCCCCCAGGUCACCGAUUCCAUCGUUCGGAAAAUCUUUUCGAUGCAACAGUGAUUCAACAAGGAGGAAAGCACCAAGGCUAAUAAUGCACGACGAGAGGGAACUUCCAGUUAGUUUACUCGCUGAUAAAGACAGCUUGUUCAUUUUUCAGACAGGAUUGACAGUACAUUACAAGCUAAUCCUCUCGGAUACUUUUUCCGAUCAGCCCUCUGUUAGCAUACCACUAAAACCCCAUUGUAGUAGUAAUAUCCACAGGAGCAUUAGUAAUCAAUUUCAUUACAGCACCUCCACAAUCUAUACACCACUUUUGUCCAGUUCACCAGCAGCUUCCCAGAUAUCCGAGGAUAUGCCCAUUUUCAGCUUGAAUGAAAAUCGCAUGGAGGAUGAUGAGGCAAGGCAAAUGGGGCCUCAACUGAUAGAACAGGAUUUGGAGGCGAACAAACGAUUUGGGAUUGUUCUUGUACAUGGUUUUGGAGGGGGAGUGUUCUCAUGGAGGCAUGUGAUGGGCGUUUUGGCCAGGCAAAUGGAUUGUGCUGUGGCAGCUUUUGAUAGGCCUGGGUGGGGUUUAACGUCGAGGCCAAGAAAGAAGGAUUGGGAGGGAAAUGGAUUGAAUAAUCCUUACAAGAUUGAUAAUCAGGUGGACCUGCUUAUUUCCUUUUGCUCUGACAUGGGCUUCUCCUCAGUUGUGUUUGUUGGGCAUGAUGAUGGAGGUUUGCUUGCCUUGAAGGCUGCGCAAAAGGUCCAGUUAUCGGCAAAUUCCAUUAAACUUGAAGUAAAGGGGGUUGUACUAAUGAAUGUAAGCUUGUCAAGAGAAUUAGUUCCUGCCUUUGCAAGAAUAUUGUUGCGAACUUCGCUCGGGAAAAAGCACUUGUUGCGUCCUCUCCUUCGCAUGGAAAUUACUCAACUCGUGAACCGGCGUGCUUGGUACGAUGAAACCAAACUAACCACUGAAGUCUUGAGCUUAUACAAGGCCCCAUUACAUGUUGAAGGUUGGGAUGAAGCACUCCAUGAAAUCGGAAAACUAUCUUACGAAACGGUCAUGUCACCACAGGAUGCAGCAUUCAUGCUGAAGGCUGUUGUAAAUUUGCCGGUUUUAGUUAUUGCUGGGGCCGAAGAUUUCCUUGUCCCUGUAAAAUCAGUUCAAGCUAUGGCUUCGAAACUUGUAAACUCUAGGCUGGUAGCUAUAUCGGGUUGUGGCCAUCUUCCACACGAGGAAUGCCCGAAAGCAUUGCUUGCUGCUAUUACACCUUUCAUAACAAGGCUUUUGUCAAAAUCCUAGAUGCAAAGCCAUUAGGGUAUUAUCCACUAGUUAGUAAGUCUGUUAUUACAUUAUACAUGCUCAUCAUGAGUAUUCUUUUACUUUGUUUUUUUUUUUUUUCCUGUAAUUAUUAUUACCCAAAAAGGAGAGACCAAGUUUAUCUCUCCUUAUGGGUGUGAUUUUGAUGCAUUGGUUUGAAGCUGUCUCUAGUAUAUGUACCUCUUUCUUUCUAGGACUUACUAGAUAUCUACCAUAGGAGGAUGAAAUUUCCUCCUAAAAUUGGUCAAAAUUUAACUCUCAUGUUCAAGUUCCAUCAUUUUUCGCGAUUUUGCCAUGCGAAUGGAUCUAGGUAAUAAUCACUUGAGG